AUGUCAUUCUUGUUCGCCUUCAUGUCGAAGAUGGUUGUCGUCAAUAUGCUACUGUUCAGAAUUGUCUUCCUAUUGUGUCUGGUCGAUUAUGCUCGAGGAACGUAUUGCGAGGUUAAAGGCACAGUCGGUUGUCUGUAUGUAGGAAGCCGUCGAGUGAAAUACGUAAGUCAUUUUUUGUUUUGUAAAGAAAGUUCUUGCCAUUUUGUGUUUUGUAAAGAAAGUUCUUGCCAUUUCUUAAUUUGUAAAGAAAGUUCUUGCAAUUUCUUCAUUUUUUUCAAUUUUAGCGUGUUGAGCUAUGGGAAGCAGACCCACGUUACGAUGACUUUGUUGCGAGAACUCAUGUUAGUCGAACCGGAGAUUUCUCUGUUUCUGGUCACUGUAGUGAUGGACCUUUUGACUGGGAUCUAGAGCUUUACGUCAAAAUGUAAGUGCUUUUUAGAUUGUACAGUAUUAUGAGUUUGUCAUACUGUAAUAUAUCUUAGUCAUACUAUACUAUAUUUUUGUUGUACUGUUCUAUAAGUUUGUCAUACUGUACUAUAUGUUUGUCCUACUGUACCAUACAUACGUCGUACUGUUACCAAACCUAUGUCAUACUGUACCAUAUGUUUGGCAUACUGUACUGCAUCUAUUUCAUUCUGUACCGUACAUAUGUUAUGUAGUGUAGUAUGUUUUUCAAAAUGACAUUUUUAACUUUUAGGUACCACACAUGUACCAGUGAUGGCUCCUGUCGUAUGUUGAAAUCCGCCGAAAUAAGCGAUUUUGUAUUUUAUGAAGAUAUGUUAAAUCGAGGAAAGAAAGUCGACCGAAAUCAAUGUCCACCUUAAUCUUCACCAUGCUUGUAAACAUAAGGCUUUUCGUACAUAAACCUUGAUUUUUGUACCAUAAGUUUUAAAUAAAAUCGACUGGUAAAUCCGAAAAGGCCUUGUUCAAUAGAAUUUUAUACAUUUAACAAUCAAAAAAAUCAACAAUUAUGAUAAAACAGUAACAAAAAACAAUGGCAUAACAAUAAAAAUGUUCCUAAUAGUGUUUUCCAGUAUUUUGGCCAAAAGUGUACCAGUGGUACCAAUAGUACCAUUUUACAAAAUGCCAUUUAAAGCUUGGGUUAGGACAACUGAAUGACACUGGGACGGCUUUAUAUCAUGUGAUUGUACCAUUAUAUAUUGUAAUAAAUAUUAUUGUAACGGAUAUUUUUUGUAGUACUAUUAAGUAUAGUACUAGAUAAGUAUUUUAAGUACUUCAUGGUGAUAUCUGAGAAAUGUGUAGUACUAUUUCAAGGUAAGGGUUACUGUUGAGUUGGGUAAGGCAUACAGUAAAAUAAAUUAAAAGUUUAUGUAGAAUAUACAUAGCCCAAGAGCUACUGUAAGAUAGGAUAGAGCUACAGCAAGCUAGACUAGAGCUACUGUAAGAUAGAAUAGACCUACUGUAAGAUAGGAUAGAGACUGUAAGAUAGGAUAUGGCUACUGUAAGUUCGACUAAAGCUCCUGUAAGAUAGAAUAGAGCUACUGUAAGAUAGGAUAUGGCUACUGUAAGUUCGACUAAAGCUCCUGUAAGAUAGAAUAGAGCUACUGUAAGAUAGGAUACUGUAAGCUAAGUUAGGGUCAGAAUAAAAUAGAGAAAGAUAAAGCUAAAGUAGAGCAAAGUUACGGUAAUUAUGUUAUUAAGAUAAAAUAGGGCAAGAUUACGGUAAACUGUGGUAAAGUUUGUAUAAGAGUACUGUAGAGAGGGCUGCGGUAAAUUAAGUUGACUUUAGAUAAGAUAGAGUAGGGUAGGGUAGGGUAGGGUAGGGUAGGGUAGGGUAGGGUGGUGAAACAUGCAAAAAAAUAAUUGUUUAAUAUUUUUCAUAAAAAGGGUACCAUUACUUAAAAAGAGUACCAUUAGUACCAAUUAGGUACCAUUAAUACUAUUUUUUAAAAAAUUUUUAAAAUUUGUUUUCUCAAAUAGUGCAUUUUCCUAAAAAUUUUUAAUUUUUAUGAAAAAAAUCGAAAUAGAUGUCAUUCUUGUUCGCCUUCAUGUCGAAGACGGUUGUCGUCAAUAUGCUGCUGUUCAGAAUUGUCUUUGUGUCUGGUCGAUUAUGCUCAAGGACUUUUUUGCGAGGCUGAAGGCCUGCUCAAUUGUCGGUUUUCAGAAAGCCGUCCAGUGGAAUACGUAAGUCAUUUUUUGUUUUGUAAAGAAAGUUCUUGCCAGUUUGUAUUCUGUUAUUGUUUGGCGGCCUGUGGAUGACAAGUUAUACGAUGAUUCUUUAUAUAAGCUUUUGUAAAGAAAGUUCUUGCCAUUUUUAAUAAAACACUUAAACUUUUGGAUUUUAUGGUCUGCGGAUGAAGUUAUACGAAGGAUGACAUAUUUUGUUUUUUCAGUGUUUGUAAAGAAAGUUCUUGCUAUUUUUUGACUUGCAAAGGAAGGUAUUGCCAGUUUUUUGUUUUGUAAGGAAAGUUCUUGCAAUUUUCAGUUUUGUAAAGAAAGUUCUUGCCAUUUUUCAAUUUGUAAAGAAAGUUUUUGCCAUUUCUUCAUUUUUUUUUCAAUUUUAGCGUGUUGAGCUAUGGGAAGCAGACCCAAGUUACGAUGACUUUGUUAAGAAUGUUGAGGUUACUCAAGCCGGACAUUACUAUGUUAUUGGUUACUGUGAUGAUGGACCUUUUGACCGUGAUCCAGAGCCUUACGUCAAAGUGUAAGUGCUUUUUAGAUCGUACAGUAUUAUGAGUUUGUCAUUCUGUAUCAUCUGUUUGUUAUACUGUACCGUAUUUUUGUUAUAUUAUACUAUGUCUUUGUCAUACUGUAACAUAUUUUUGUGAUACUGUAACAUAUUUAGGUCAUAAUGUGCCGUAUGUUUGACAUACUGUACCAAACAUAUGUCAUGCUGUAGCAUAAGUUUGUCAUAGUGUACCAUAUGUUUGUCAUACUGUAACAUACAUAUGUCAUACUGUACUGCAUCUAUUUCAUUCUAUACCGUACAUAUGUUAUGUAGUGUAGUAUGUUUUUCAAAAUGACAUUUUUAACUUUUAGGUACCACACAUGUACCAGUGAUGGCUCCUGUCGUAUGUUGAAAUCCGCCGAAGGAAGCGAUUUUCAAUCUUAUGACGAUAUGUACAAUCGAGGAGAGAGAGUCGACCAAAGCGAAUGUCAAUCUUAA